ACAGCUUAGAAAAAUGGGAAGUUCACCGUGGCCCGUAAACAAAAUUUUUAGGUUGACACAACACCACUUUCUCCAUCAAACCCUUUUCAUGAUACGCAACGGAGGCCAACGUGAUGAUGGGUUCACUGACUCUUGCGCUAGCCGACGAUGAGGACAUUGCCCUUAUUAUCCAGCUUCUACAACAAGACAGUGAAGAGGCAGCCUCGGCCUCCAUUGGCAAAGGGAAGCAGCCAGAGGGCACUAUGACAGACAUGCAGAUGGCGUUCAGCCUCUUUAUGGACGAACUUCAGAGUGCGGAAACAUUCUUUGCUGACAGACGAAUGACCAAAAGCAUUCAAAGCGCCAUUCAACUCGAUGGUGAUGCCCUUCUUCGAUCACAGAAUGAAGAGAGAGCCGCCGAGCAUGACCGCAACUUAUCAAUCUCUCUCAGCAAAGGGGAGAGAGAGCCGCCAGCCCCAGAAAACGCUUUGCAGCUUUCGACUCAAGAUGAUAUUGAACUGCUCGAGAAGAUGGCAUGUAUCUAUAUCACCGGAAUCGACGACAUCGAGAGUGAUAACGAUACGAUAUCAAUUAGUCAGCCAGAAAGCUCGGCCUGGGCUGCGUCACGCCAAACCGUACGAACACGGCAGAAGCGAGACUGUGACGCCUGCGGAGAACAUAAGCACUUUGCUGAGCUGUCUAAAACUCCAUGCCAGCACGAAUAUUGCCGACAAUGCCUGACCCGGCUUUUCCGAGACGCGAUGGUCGACGAGUCACUCUUCCCUCCACGAUGUUGCAAGCAACCCAUCCCCUUAGACAAGAGUCAGCUCUUUCUCGACGCCAACGUGGUCCUCCAAUUCCGUCAAAAAGCUCUCGAGCUUGCCACGCCGAACCGAACAUAUUGCCACAAUACGAGCUGCGGCGCUUUCAUUCCGCGGGUUAAUGAUCCUGGCACAAUAGCUACAUGUCCCGAUUGUCAUAGGGAAACAUGCACUAUGUGCAAAGGAGCCUGGCACUCUGGGGAUUGCCCCAAUGACGAGCACCUUCAACAAGUUCUCCAGCUGGCCAGGGAGCAAGGCUGGCAACGGUGUCGGAACUGUUGGGGCAUUGUUGAGUUGAAUCAGGGUUGCUAUCAUAUGACGUGCCGCUGUAAAUUCGAAUUCUGCUAUGUCUGCGGUGCCCCUUGGAAGUCAUGCCAGUGCGACGACUGGAAUGAGCACCGCCUCGUCGAGCGUGCCGCUGUGAUUGAGGCUCGCGAUCGAGUCGGCAAUCGGGUUGGCGGACAGCAGGAGAUGACCGGCAUCGCUCAUGAGCGAAACGUGGCGCAACGGAUACAGAGAAUCGCACGAGACUUGCGCUACAACCACGAGUGCAAUCACCAGCGCUGGUUCGGUCGAGCAGGGCCACAAGAAUGCGAAGAAUGCCAUGAUCUAAUGCCCAUUUUCAUCUAUGAAUGCCGACAGUGCCACAUUAUGGCCUGUCGCCGCUGUAGAUACCACAGAUUGUAAACUCAAAAUUGCAAGCAAAGUGUGUUAUGAUUAGAAAAGAUUGACCUCGACAUCUUUAGUUUGAUUGGGCCACUUGAUUGAAUUAGCUCGCAUGUGUCCCGCUGCUGCCUGAUUCAGAUAGUAAGUAAGGGGGAACAAGAGUGCACGGAUUGAAUUGAUAGGUGGGCGGGCGUA